GUUUAUUCAUUUUAGUUCUGUUCACUACACUGUUUGCUUCUUCUGGCACACCAAGUCAGUGCCUUUUCAAGCAGAGAUCAUUGUGAAAUCGUAGGUUGGGAGGAUGACCGCUCGAGUGCACUGCUCGAUGAUUGCUGUUGCAUUGUGUCUGUUCAGAUACUUGAGCAUAACAGACGCUACUCUAGUGAGGCCAGGUCAAUGUCCCGACCCGAAGAAUAUUCCAAAGUUUGCCGCAAGCUGUGUCCAUGAUGGCCAGUGCCCUGCCACACAGAAGUGUUGCCCAACCACCCGUGGCCACGGAUGCAGUGAACCAAUCAGCCAGGGCCAAGGAAUGGGCCAAGGAAAGGGCCAGGGCCACGGAAUGGGUCAGGGAAUGGGCCAGGGCCAAGGAAUGGGCCAGGGUCAGGGCCAAGGAAUGGGCCAGGGCCAGGGCCAAGGAAUGGGUCAGGGCCAGGGCCAGGGCCAGGGCCAAGGAAUGGGUCAGGGCCAGGGCCAGGGCCAGGGCCAAGGAAUGGGUCAGGGCCAGGGUCAGGGCCAAGGAAUGGGUCAGGGCCAGGGCCAAGGAAUGGGUCAGGGCCAGGGUCAGGGCCAAGGAAUGGGUCAGGGUCAGGGCCAGGGCCAAGGAAUGGGUCAGGGCCAGGGCCAGGGCCAGGGCCAAGGAAUGGGUCAGGGCCAGGGCCAGGGCCAAGGAAUGGGUCAGGGCCAGGGCCAAGGAAUGGGUCAGGGCCAGGGCCAAGGAAUGGGCCAGGGCCAGGGCCAAGGAAUGGGAAUGGGUCAGGGCCAGGGCCAGGGAAUGGGUCAGGGCCAGGGAAUGGGUCAGGGCCAGGGAAUGGGUCAGGGCCAGGGAAUGGGCCAGGGCCAAGGAAUGGGUCAGGGUCAGGGUCAGGGCCAGGGCCAGGGCCAAGGAAUGGGUCAGGGUCAGGGCCAGGGCCAGGGGUUGGGCCAAGGAAAGGGCCAGGGCCAGGGGUUGGGCCAAGGAAAGGGCCAGGGCCAGGGGAUGGGCCAAGGAAAGGGCCAGGGCCAGGGGAUGGGCCAAGGAAAGGGCCAGGGCCAGGGGAUGGGCCAAGGAAAGGGCCAGGGCCAGGGGAUGGGCCAAGGAAAGGGCCAGGGCCAGGGGAUGGGCCAAGGAAAGGGCCAGGGGAUGGGCCAAGGAAAGGGCCAGGGCCAGGGGAUGGGCCAAGGAAAGGGCCAGGGCCAGGGGAUGGGCCAAGGAAAGGGCCAGGGCCAGGGCCAGGGCCAGGGGAUGGGCCAAGGAAAGGGAAAGGGCCAGGGGAUGGGCCAAGGAAAGGGAAAGGGAAAGGGCCAGGGGAUGGGCCAAGGAAAGGGAAAGGGCCAGGGCCAGGGGAUGGGCCAAGGAAAGGGCCAGGGCCAGGGGAUGGGCCAAGGAAAGGGCCAGGGCCAGGGGAUGGGCCAAGGAAAGGGCCAGGGUCAGGGGAUGGGCCAAGGAAAGGGAAAGGGCCAGGGGAUGGGCCAAGGAAAGGGCCAGGGUCAGGGGAUGGGCCAAGGAAAGGGAAAGGGCCAGGGCCAGGGCCAGGGCCAGGGCCAAGGGAAGGGAAAGGGAAAGGGCCAGGGGUUGGGCCAAGGAAAGGGCCAGGGAAUGGGCCAGUGCCCAGGAUUGGGCAAGGCCAGCGGUCAGGUUCACAGCCUUUGA